GUGUGAUGUCAUAUUCCUGCGACGUUUUGGGGUCUGUGUACAUUUAGGAUUCUAAGAGGUUAGCUUUGCAUCUAUGCACUUAAUUCGGUUUGGUAUUUAAACUCUCUGAUCAUUUAUCACAUCCCGAUGGUGUGAGUACGGAUUUUUUCCCCCAAAACCAAAUCUGUCUCGUAAUGCGGGUACGUCGCAUAAAUGACUUUUCUACGAACAGCAGUAUUUGCUUGAGAAGAGCUAGUGGCGGCUAACGUAAUUUAUGCGGAAUGCGCAUCCAUUGCGGAUGUGGUGCAGAAUAAAUGCGCAUUGCUGCGACACAGGUAAUUUUGGCCUUUACAUUUAAGAUAUUCCCUUAAUUAGACAAUUAGUUAAAUGUGAUUCCAACUAUAUUAUCCAUGCAUUCUUUGUUUUUAUUUCUCGCCCGCUCCUCUGUAACCUCGGACUUUUCCCCGUCAUUGCCAGAUUUGUUGUCAAUCAGAUAUCUGCAUGUAAUUAGUGAUUCAAAUACAUAAUGUCAAACAUUACAGAAUAUCAGAAGAACAUCUCCGAGUUUCGCUUUUGGACGAAAGCCACAGGUUUUUGUUUUAGAGAUACAAGAUACAGACAACAAAAUAUCGCAAUAAUUGCGCAAAAUCAGUGUAAAUGCACAUAAACUCUUUAUAAAAUGACACGUUAACCGAUUGCCGUUCCGUAGUUAGUAUCUAUUUUCUGUAGUUGUGUAUUACUGAGCCCAUUAUCAAGGCUGUCCUUGUUAGACAUUACAAUGAAGCAAUGAAUGCCUUGCCAUGGAACAGCAUGGUGGCUUUUUACCCUCCUUGUGAAUGGCACGCUGUCCACCAGUCACAUUGGUGUGUCUGUAAACCACAACAUAUCCAUGACUGAAUACUACGAGGAGGGAGGGUUGCUGUAUGAGCACUCACCUCCCAUGCACAUCAAAGUGGAGUCUCCAGAGGGUCCCUUCGGAGGCGGGGUCUCAGAGGAUGGUUUCCCCAGGGAAGAUGAUGACUCAGAGGCCAGUUGUGACCACCAGAAUGGUGGGUUGCCUAGCAGCCUGCCCUUUAACGUUGUGGUUGUGCAUCCCAACAUAGUCGCACCUGGAAUGUCUUCAGAUGAACUCAUCCCGAUCGAACAAAAUCAGAUUCAUCAUGCCGGUAUGGAGACGAAGCUGGCUAUUGGGGUCUGUGCAGAGGACUUGUCUGGUUCUCGUGGUCUUUGCUGAGGACCUAUGCCGAUGGCCAUGUGUCGAUGAGGUCUUCACAGGGGAUUGUCUAGUUGACAUGGUAUCUGCUGACAUUCAUGGCUGUGUUGUGGUCGCUUCUAGGUGCUGGUCCACCAUCUGGUCUGGACACGGCCUGGAUCUGACUGACUACGACAGGGGUGUGUCUUCAGCAUUAGCCGCAGGAGGCGUAGGAAAAAGGAAAAGCCGCUUUAGCGGGGCAGAGCUGGAGGUGUUGGUAUCAGAGGUGACCCGGUGUGAGGGGGAGCUGUUCGGUCCAGCAGGGAGGCUCCGGCGCCGAGAAAGGGAGCGAAUUUGGGCUGGGAUACUUGAGCGCGUCAAUGCUGUGUCUAGAGUACCACGGACUCUAAGAGAAGUGAAGAAACGCUGGGAUGACCUGAAAAGACGUAACGGUGGUAGACUGGCUGACGCGAGGCACCGCACCUGCUACCUGCCUUCCAGCAGAGGGGCCGCGAUUAUGGGAAGGCAGACUCAAGUCAGUCCCAGGCUCCAGCAGUCUCGUCAAAAGCAGAGCACUAGAGUAAAAGCCAGUUUUAGUUGCUUGUCAGACACUGAUCCAGUUGCAGUUGGAGAUGGUUCUGAAAGAGAUGGUUUUGAAAAGGAGGAAGAGGCUGGUGAGCAAGACUGUGAUGAUGGAGAUGAUUGUGAGGGUGUGGAGAACAGCAUGGAGGAUAAACUGGGCUUGGGCCUGGGUCUGGGAAUAGUACCACCUCCGACAUCAGAACGCUGGCUACCUCCUUCACCCCUUUACAGUGCGCCCUUCCUCAACGGGACCCCUCAUACAAGCCCAGAACCAUCCUUAGGGACCCACCAGGGCCCACUGGAGCCCCCUCCGCCACGCACUUCCUGGCUGGAAGAUGAACUUCGUGGACUGGGAGAAGCAGCCAUGCAGCUUGGAGAUCGCAUGGAGCAGAACCUGCGCGAGUUUGGAGAAGGCUUCAGAAGCGAUAUGCGGAAGCUUGUGGCUUCACAAGAGGCCCUUACAAGCAGCUUGCAACAGAAUAAUGUACUUUUGCAACGUCUGUUGGGUCUACUUGAGAUGCAGCAUCAGCCACCUCAGCAGCAAAUUCCACAACAGCAACUUCAGCAACAACAAUUACAGCAACCUGCACAGCAUCAACAGCAACAGGAACCUCCACAACAGCAGCCUUAUCAGCAACUGUUAUUGCCACAGGAACAUCCACAGCUAGAGCAGCAAAUCCCAGCAACUGUUCCACCUCUACCACCACCUCCAGAUAUUUUAGAUGGUACUCGGCACACUGAACCGCCGACUGACAUAAAUGGAGUAUCGCAACGGCCACGCCGUGGCAGAACAGUAGACCUCAGACGAAGACGCAGACGUUGAUGUUGGCGUGAGAUGUGGAAAAAUAAACUGUAUUCGGUUACAGUAAAUGUAUUUAUUUAAAGCAAUGUUUUAUAAGGUUAACUAGUUGCAGAUUGUGCCAUGUCAUUGCAGCCACAUUUUAUGUUAUGCCUGUCGCUGAUAUAUAAUAAAGUGUAUUAUAUGUACACCAAAAAGCUCAAAGCUAUAUCAAAAUUGACUUAUGAACUCUUGUUGCUGAUAGUAAAUUACUGACAUUUUAUGGAUCUGCUUGCUCAAGUUCAUAUAUAAGAAGUUUAGAAAAAUAUUCUCUAGACAGGCCUAAAACUUUUCAGUUUUCAUGCUGUGGCAUGAUAAACUUUUUAUGAUAAACUCUUUGAUUGAGGCACCGCAGAUCAGUGCAAAAAUGACGUUUUACUUUUGCUACUAUCACUGUUUAAGAAAAUACAUCCAAAUGCUGUUUUAAAGGACAUUGUAUUGCAUAGAAGUUCCCCAGUUCCAUGGAAAUAAAUGCAGUUAUCAGAAUUACUGACUAACGUAGAGAUCUAAGAUUGCCCAGUCACUCUGCAUGCAAUGCAAGAUAGCUAAGCUCAAAUAUACCUUUUUGCUAACUUUUCACCAUGUUAACAAAAAUAAUGUGUACUUGGAAAAAAUGUCUGCAUAUGAAGAAAUUUUAAUAAAAGCAAUCAAUACAUUUA